GCGAACACACACUUGCAUGCACACAUUGAAUAUGGAAGAGAGGUAGGGAAGCAUUCAGAAUGAGAAACAGACAGAGGAGAUCUUCGACAAACUGAAGGCAGGGACAGAAAAGUGAGUUAGGGAGAAAACUCUGGGCUCUCCUGAAUGUGUUGAAGCCCUCUGGAAAAACAAAAAAAGUCUUAACAUUUCCAAGAGUUUUUGGAGAUCUAAGGAUGUAUUUUCCCCUCAGUUUUUGUUGGAAAUCUUUUUUGGAAUACUCUGAACAUGCAACCCUGUGAGGUUUCUCCUUAAAGCUGUUUACACAGUUUGUGUGUAAAUUGGGUCAGGUCACAAUGCCAACAGACGACUACAGCUACCUGCCAGAUGUGUUGCCUCCUCUUCCCGAAGUCCCGGACUCCGGCUCAGCCCUGAGCUCUGUUGACGUAUCAGCCCGCUGCCUCCGCAACUCGUCUUUCCGCCACGCUUCUUUGCGGUACUGCUCAGCCAUCAGCAUGGACUCCUCACCUGACAGCACCGAGAGGCCCAUCAGCUACGGGUCCACCUCAUCCUCAGCUUCCUCCAGAGACAGUCACUGUUCACUGGGCAGCCGCUCCACUCUUGUCUCCUCCCCACACUGUAACCCUGUGACCUCGGACUGUGACUCUGGGGCGAUUCGGCUGGAGCUGGUUCCAGCCAGGCAGCUGGGAUGCAGGGAGGAUGAUGAGGGAGAGGAUAAGCAGCACAGUGGACAGAAAGCGACAGAACAUUCUGAGCCUGAGAUGAGUCCUGAAGGAGGAGAGAGGACGGUUCAGGUGCAGGGACCCAAAACGUACGUGGACCGAGUGGUGCAGGAGAUACUGGACACAGAGAGGACGUAUGUGCAGGACCUUCGCAGCAUCGUAGAGGAUUACUUGGAGUGCAUCAGUAAACAGUCUCGACUGGCCUUAAGCUCACAGGAUAAAAGUUCACUUUUUGGCAACAUCCGAGACAUCUACCACUUUAACAGGGACCUCCUUCAUCACCUGGAGAAGUGUAACUCAGACCCUGUGGCCAUCGCAGAGUGCUUUGUCUGUAAGAGUGAAGAGUUCCACAUUUAUACCCAGUACUGCACCAACUACCCACGGUCAGUGGCUGUGCUCACAGAAUGCAUGAGGAACAAGGCGUUGGCCAAGUUUUUCCGCGAGCGCCAAGAAUCCCUGAGACACGCCCUACCCUUGGGUUCUUACUUGCUCAAGCCGGUGCAACGGAUCCUCAAGUACCACCUUUUGCUGCAUGAGAUAGCCAACCACAUGGAGAAGGACACAGAGACCCAUGAGGUUGUGCAGGAAGCCAUUGACACCAUGCAGAGAGUGGCCUGGCACAUCAACGACAUGAAGAGGAAACAUGAGCAUGCAGUUAGACUGCAGGAAAUCCAGAGUCUUCUGACCAACUGGAAAGGGCCCGAUCUGAUUGGAUACGGGGAGUUGGUUCUUGAAGGAACGUUUCGUCUGCAGCGAGCCAAAAAUGAAAGGACCCUUUUUCUGUUUGACAAGCUGUUGUUGAUUACAAAGAAGCGAGAAGAAACAUAUACAUACAAGGCUCACAUCUUGUGCUGCAAUUUGAUGCUUGUUGAAGUUAUUCCAAAAGAGCCGCUUAGUUUCAGCGUGUUUCACUACAAGAAUCCUAAACUACAGCACACAGUGCAGGCCAAAUCACAGCAAGACAAGCGCAUGUGGAUCUUACACCUCAAAAGGCUCAUACUUGAAAACCAUCCUGCAAAAAUUCCUGCCAAGGCUAAACAGGCAAUUUUAGAAAUGGAUGCAAUACAUCACCCUGGAUUUCAUUACAGCCCUGAUGGAGACAAGAAGGACUCUCCUCAAACCAAAGAAGGCCCCACUCCUCGUAGAGGACGCAGGAAAGAACCCCUCAGCAAAUUACUGAAGAACGCAAAGCACAAUGCUGUCAACAACGACACUGAAAAACGAACAAGCUUAGGAGUUAGCCUACUUUCUCCGGUGUCCCAGCUGGCUCUGGGCACUAUAGGCCGCAGUCGAAGCCUUAUCAACCAAUCUCAGGAGUCCCUCGAUCCCGGAGAUCACUAUGAGCACAGUGACAGGGAGGAAGGGGAGGAGCCACAUCAACAGGAUGCUGACGAUGAAGAUGAAAGUGGUCCUGGUGGUGGAAAGAGGCUACGCAUUCCUGGCAAAAGCAGCAGAAAGAGGCUGAACCCUCAAGCAUCUGUUGACAGCAUUGACCAAUGGAAAACUUUCAACAUGAGUCCCUCAGACCUUCAGAGAGCCAGGGAAUCUUUGGUAAGAGAAGUAAGUCAUCACCCACCACUCCUGAGGACGCAGCAUGUGACAGAGGAACCUCCGGAGUCACCGAUCCCAUCUGUAAUAGUCACAGAAAGUGACCAUUCAGUGAAGAAUAUCUGGGCUGACCAUCGAGCUCGCCGGGCCAUGUUCCCUACGCGCCAGAGAACAAUGCAGCCUGAUGAUGAGGAUGAAGACAUAUAUCAGAUGUUUGUUCCUACGGAGCAAAGUGCACCAGAACCGGAGCCCCCUGCAGAAAGGUCCGAAACUUCCUCGUCUCCUCGGACAGCUCGGCCCUGCAGUUGGCAUGUUGAGCAGGUGCCCACUGUGCAAGUUGACCCUCCGCCUGAUAGCAGCAGAGUCCUGCGGAGAGCCAGCAGCGUAGGAGAAAAGGCAACAGAGACUCGAAGACCUGAAGAAGAACGGGCAGACAGGUGCAAUUUAGAAGUGAUUAACACAGAAUCAUCCAGCAAUGAAAUGUCUGGAUCCUCUUCAGCCGAGCAACUGACCAUAGAUGAUAUAGAGAAUGUAUAUGACAAUAUCAGUUAUGAGGACCUGAGGAGUAUGGGCCUCAUCAGAAGGGACCCUGAAGAAAUUCAGAAACAGAAAGAAACUUCUGCAAUCACACAAGCAGAAACAGUGCAAAGUCCUUCGAGCAUCAAAGAGCCAUUGAAUGAAGCGGACUCCUCAUCGGAGAGCAAUCGGUCUUCUGCGCCGGAGGUGAAGUCAUAUGAGUCAUGUGAGCUGAAAAUUGUGGAAGAGGAUAUCUACGACACCAUCUGUUUUAGGGAACCUCCAUCAAUAGAACUUAAAGGAAUGAAUGAAGGUAACACAAGUCUACUGUCUUUGGAACAAGAUCCGAAAACUAAAACUUGUGCGGGGACUUUGUCAGAGGAGAGUCUCCAUUUAGGUGACAGUGAAGGACCAGAAGGUUCCCGUUCUUUUUCAAGCUCUUCUCAGCCAGAUCAUUGUUACGCCUCCUCCCCAGAGAUCUUUGCAAAGCCAGCGCAGAAAGGAGACAAGAUGUCUGAGGAAGUUGAUGAAAUCUGGAGUGACUUGGAAAACUACAUCAAAACCAAUGAGAAAAAGGCUGACCGACUUCCUGCUGCCUUUCCUGUGAGUGCCAGUGAGUCAUCCAAGGUUUCACCGAGUAAAAAUAGCCCCAAAAAGAACCCCCCUGUAGAAACUUCUAAAGCUAGCAGCCCUCCAGCCAAGAAUAGCCCAACUCAUCAGUCCAAACCCCCUUCUGUCACCUCCACGCCAUCAUUUACCAUCCCUGUUCUCAGGCUCCCAGACCUCCAAAAUGAAGGCUCCACUGAAGAAGAAAGCCACAACUCAACGCCAGCAUCCCGCCCCCUUCCAGUCCCCCCAGAGCCCCCACCAGGCACAGUGAAAAGCAUUCGGAACAGACUAGCCCGUCUAAGCAGCGGCAGCUUCCGCCUGGAGGAUGAUGAUCUGGUGGAACUUCCACAGCAUAGCCCUUCCCAAAGAGACAGCACCAUCAGGGACAUUCAUAGUCUGUUUCCGGGGGAGUUAGCAGGUCUGGACUCACCUUUAGCCUCUUCCUCUCUCCUGCUGGGUGAGUCUAUAGACUUUCCUCUGGAAAUGAUGGACAAAACCAAGAGUCGUGUCUUCCUAAUGGCAAGGCAGUACAGCCAGAAGAUCAAGAAAGCCAACCAGCUUCUACGCAUGAGGAGCAUGGACCCUGGGGACUCAUGCAGUCGAGCCAGAAUGGAGAAAAAACAGAAAGACCUCGCAGACAUAUUGGAGGAAAAGAAACAAGGAGGUGCAGCUAUCGGAGCAAGAAUAGCUGAGUACUCCCAGCUUUAUGACCAGGUGAUGUUCAAGGACUCUGCUGGACAAGCUGUUCAAACCUCUUCCACUCAGCCUAUCGGUAAUUCAGGACCAUCGUUGUCACUAUCUGUGACUCAGAGUUCCUUGGAUGAGGACUGGCUCCACUCCACCUACAGCAAUGGGGAGCUGGCAAGCUUUGUGUCUUCGUCCAGCGACGGGAUGGACGAUCAAACAUCUACAAGCCCUCAGCGUAGGAUUGUCUCCUCCUGCUCCAUCCCUUCUCUGAAAACCAUUCCUUCUUCUCCAAGUGCUCCAACGCCUCAAAGGUGGAGCUCAUGCUUGUCAGCACCAAGUGAGAAGGAGGAGCAUGUGUACAGUUCCAUCAAGAGACAUCCUUCCUUUAAUGGAACGUCUUCCCAGCCCAUACAGUGCCACUCAACCAGCUCUCUGGUCAGCCAGCAGCAAGAGACCCAGCCUGGACUUGGAUGUAAUGGACUAUCCAUGCAUAGAACCACAGACAGAUCUCGCAGUCCCAGUUUGGGCCACACCGGUCGACAGAGCAGCCUUCCAGACCAGCUGACCCUGGGACGCUCAGAUCUCACUUUACACGACGGCCAACAGGUGGUGGUCCUGAACCGUGCUUCUGCUCUCAGCAUACUCAACGCCACCCAAAACUACCUGGCCAACUUCAAAGACAAUGGGGAAGAUGAUGAUGACUAUGUAGAGAUCCGCUCAGAGGAUGAAAGCGAAGCAGAGAGGAACCGGUGUAAUGCUGGCUCGGCGGCCCUUCCCAAUCAAAAUCGGAGUCUUGUCCAGUCUUUGAGUCUGCCGUCCACACCUGUCCGAACCUGCGACCCAUUAAAACCGCUAGAGAAGUACCUGUGGAGCGAGCCGCAGCAGAACCAACCGAACAUUGUUCAGUCUCUGAGGGAGAAGUUUCAGUGUCUGAGCUCCAGCAGCUUUGCAUGAAGAUGUCCAAAAUACAUGUUAACAGCACAUAGCAACAAAGGGACAAAGCAAGAAAAGCACAUUUUAAGAAACAACUCCUGAGCAUUUCUUAGCCAUAUUUGCAGUGCACAGGCCUAAGCAUGAGCUUUCUUAGCACUACUAACCAAGAUGACAAGAUCUUUACAAACAAUAGUUGAAGUGACUGAGCUAUCUUUAUUAUCAGAAGUUUAGACACUGCUUUAUGUGUGAGACUGGUAAAGAUAAUUGGCUUGAGAACUGGUUUUGUUGAAUUGGUCUGUCUCUUCCUGUGCUCAGCAUUUCACAUUGAUAUGCAAGCAUCCAACAUCAUUAAAAUAGAUCUGCAGGAGAAUUGACUGUCAAUAGUUUGAGUUUUCCCAAAGGUUUUGCUCUUAAGGUGUUUUAACUGUACUUUCACUUGUAGUUAAUAUGGUUAGAAGAUGUACUUUUUUGUGAAUACAAGCAGCUUUAAAGUGUAAAACCUGCAGCCUUCAGACAUUCUGCUUGGUUUAGUUUGUCACUUGACAAAAGAGUGCAGCUCUAGUAGGAAUCCAGUUAGACCUCAGUAUGUUAGUUGUGUGAUUUAAGUCAUUUUUCCCAACAACUGUGUCACCAAUAGGUUUAAAAGAGCUUUAAAAAAUGCAAAACAUGCUGAUUUGCUGCAGCGCUGCUGUUUAGGAGUUGUAUUUGUUUAAAAUCUGUGAAUAAAUUUCAAAUGUUUUACAUGCAAUGACAUGUGGGCAAAAUGUUCAUCUUAACAAACAGAACCCCUUUUUCUAUGUGAUUAUUUUUUUUUAUUUUAUUUUUAAAGGACCACAAAGGAGAGCUGUAGUUACAGUACUGUAUCAGGUGCACUUUUUUUUCCUUGGACGCAAAUUAGAAAUCGGUUGAAAAUGUUAAAUUCUCAAACGCUACUGACUCAUCUUGAUCACACAAAAUAAGCUGCAUUGGUUUAAAAUAAAAACAUUCAAUACUGUUUCAGUUUUUCUCGAAUCAACUUCAGGGAUCUACAGACGCUAAUGUGACACACUAAAUUGAAAACAUUGUCAAACGACAAUGGCAAUGAGCCAAAACUGACUGUAAAUGAAAAUACAAUGUCUUUAUUCAAACUUAGAGAAUAUUUUUCCCCAAAAAGUAAAUAAAAUACUGUGAAUGUUUGAAAAAAAAUAGAUUUUCCUUUUGCUCACUGCUUGAAAAAACCUUAUAAACGUAUCAAAACAUGAGAAAAUGUCGGGAGAUGGCAGCAAACCCGGGAUGAGAAUAUGAAGUAUAUUUGUUUUUGGUUUGAUGUGUUUUCAAUUUUGUUUCACUGGUGGGGAACUGUUUUUCCGUCUUCGUUGACUUUUUUUUUUGGUUUUUUUGCACUUUUCUUUCAGUUUUUGCAUAUAUUUGUAAACACUUUGUAGAGAUGUACAUUUUAGGAAAGUUAUUCUUGUAUGCCAUAGAAAUGCUUUAUGACGUUUAAGUUAAAUGUACUGUAUUUUUUUAACUAGCUAGUCAACAUUGCUCAAAAACAAUGUAAUGCAGAUAAUAAAUUCAGAUUCAACUCUG